GCAGGAGGGGGACUUCCCCCCCUCCUCAUCCCCGCGCGCGCGUUUCCUCAGGGCCCACGGCUUCCCCCUUGGCGCCCGGCGCAGAUCCCGGGCGGGGCUGGGCGGGGCGCGGGGCGUGGCCUGCGCACGGGCUGAUCGGCCCCUGGGAGGAGGCGGGGCAGCCGGAGUCAGUUGGCGGCCGGAGGCGGCGGCUGGUCGGUGCGGCGGCCUCGCCAUGGUUUUCCUUAAACUCCGCGAGCAGUGAUUCUGAUGACUAGUGGGCUACUGGCUUUCGAUAGAGACCUCACAUGCUUCGAUGAACUGUUAUGCAUAUAUCCGACCUGGAGAAAACCUUCUGCCAGUUGUCAUCAUGGGGUCCCCUGGUUCACACUGGUGUUGCCACCAUUGGUUCAAGCUAUAUUUAAUGGGGACCCUGAUGAAGUUCGAGCAUUAAUAUUUAAGAAAGAAGAUGUUAACUUUCAGGAUAAUGAAAAGAGGACCCCUUUACAUGCUGCUGCCUAUCUGGGAGAUGCAGAAAUUAUUGAACUACUUAUUUUAUCUGGAGCUAGAGUUAAUGCCAAAGACAGCAAGUGGUUGACUCCCUUACACAGAGCUGUUGCAUCAUGUAGUGAGGAUGCUGUUCAGGUGUUGUUAAAGCAUUCAGCAGAUGUCAAUGCCCGUGACAAAAACUGGCAGACACCCCUACAUAUAGCAGCUGCAAAUAAAGCUGUUAAAUGUGCUGAAGCUUUGGUGCCUCUUCUAAGUAAUGUAAAUGUGUCAGAUCGAGCAGGUAGAACAGCAUUACAUCAUGCAGCCUUCAGUGGACAUGUUGAGAUGGUGAGUUUGUUAUUGUCUAGAGGUGCCAAUAUUAAUGCAUUUGACAAGAAAGACAGACGAGCUAUACAUUGGGGAGCAUAUAUGGGUCACAUUGAAGUUGUGAAAUUACUUGUGACCCAUGGAGCUGAGGUGUCAUGCAAAGACAAGAAAUCAUAUACACCCCUACAUGCUGCAGCAUCUAGUGGAAUGAUCAGCGUAGUCAAAUAUCUUCUAGAUCUUGGAGUUGAUAUGAAUGAACCAAAUGCCUACGGAAAUACACCUCUUCACGUAGCUUGCUACAAUGGACAAGAUGUUGUAGUAAAUGAACUUAUAGACUGUGGUGCUAAUGUAAAUCAGAUGAAUGAGAAAGGUUUUACACCUUUGCACUUUGCUGCUGCAUCAACACAUGGAGCAUUGUGUUUAGAACUUUUGGUCUGUAAUGGAGCAGAUGUAAAUAUGAAGAGUAAAGAUGGGAAAACACCAUUGCAUAUGACAGCAAUCCAUGGUAGAUUUUCAAGAUCACAAACCAUCAUCCAGAAUGGAGCUGAAAUAGACUGUGAAGAUAGGAAUGGAAAUACUCCUUUGCACAUUGCAGCUAGAUAUGGUCAUGAGCUACUAAUCAACACUCUAAUUACAAGUGGUGCUGACACUGCAAAGAGAGGUGUACAUGGGAUGUUUCCUCUCCAUUUGGCAGCAUUAAGUGGAUUUUCAGACUGUUGCAGAAAGCUCCUUUCAUCAGGCUUUGACAUAGACACCCCAGAUGAUUUUGGCAGGACCUGCCUUCAUGCAGCUGCAGCUGGAGGGAAUUUGGAGUGCCUAAACCUUCUGCUCAACACUGGUGCAGACUUCAACAAAAAGGACAAAUUUGGGAGAACUCCACUUCAUUAUGCUGCUGCCAAUUGUAAUUACCAGUGCCUGUUUGCCCUUGUGGGAUCUGGAGCUAGUGUGAAUGACCUUGAUGAGAGGGGUUGUACACCAUUGCACUAUGCAGCUGCAUCAGACACAGAUGGCAAGUGCCUGGAAUACUUACUAAGAAAUGAUGCAAAUCCAGGGAUCCGAGACAAACAAGGAUACAAUGCAGUUCAUUAUUCUGCUGCUUAUGGUCAUCGCUUGUGUCUUGAACUGAUUGCAAGUGAAACUCCUCUAGAUGUUCUAAUGGAAACAUCAGGUACUGACAUGCUGAAUGAUUCCGACAACAGAGCACCAAUUAGUCCAUUGCACUUAGCUGCCUACCAUGGUCACCAUCAAGCUCUGGAAGUACUAGUGCAGUCUUUGUUGGACCUUGAUGUGAGGAACAAUAAUGGAAGGACACCAUUGGAUCUUGCAGCUUUUAAGGGACAUGUGGAGUGUGUGGAUGUACUUAUUAAUCAGGGAGCAUCAAUCUUAGUGAAAGACUAUGUUGUAAAGAGAACUCCAAUACAUGCUGCAGCUACAAAUGGUCAUUCAGAAUGCUUGCGAUUGUUGAUAGGCAAUGCAGAACCACAAAAUGCAGUGGACAUUCAAGAUGGAAGUGGACAGACUCCUCUGAUGCUGUCUGUUCUCAAUGGGCACACAGACUGCGUUUAUUCAUUGCUUAACAAAGGAGCAAACGUAGAUGCCAAAGAUAAAUGGGGAAGAACUGCAUUACAUAGAGGGGCAGUUACAGGGCAUGAGGAGUGUGUGGAAGCAUUGCUUCAACAUGGUGCUAAGUCCUUGCUACGAGACUGCCGAGGGCGAACACCUAUACACUUAUCAGCUGCGUGUGGACAUAUUGGUGUUCUAGGAGCUCUCUUGCAGUCAGCAACAUCUGUGGAUGCGGUACCGGCCAUAGCAGACAAUCAUGGAUAUACAUCACUGCACUGGGCCAGUUAUAAUGGUCAUGACAGCUGUGUAGAGCUUCUUUUGGAACAGGAAGUUUUCCAGAAAAUGGAAGGAAAUUCUUUCAGCCCAUUGCAUUGUGCUGUCAUAAAUGACAAUGAAGGUGCUGCUGAAAUGUUAAUCGAUACAUUGGGUGCUGGCAUUGUAAAUACAACAGAUGCAAAAGGAAGAACCCCCCUUCAUGCAGCAGCUUUUACAGAUCAUGUGGAGUGUUUACAGCUUCUACUCAGUCAUAAUGCUCAAGUAAAUGCUGUAGAUUCUUCUGGAAAGACUCCUCUAAUGAUGGCUGCUGAAAAUGGGCAAACUAACACCGUUGAGGUGCUGGUUAGCAGUGCUAAGGCUGAUCUGACCUUGCAAGAUAGCAGUAAAAACACAGCACUCCAUUUGGCUUGCAGCAAGGGUCAUGAAACUAGUGCCUUGUUAAUACUGGAGAAAAUUACGGAUAGAAACCUCAUCAAUGCCACCAAUGCAGCCUUGCAAACACCUCUGCAUGUUGCUGCUCGAAAUGGAUUAACAGUUGUAGUUCAAGAACUUUUAGGCAAGGGAGCAAGUGUACUUGCUGUAGAUGAAAAUGGUUACACACCAGCUUUGGCCUGUGCUCCCAAUAAGGACGUGGCUGAUUGUCUAGCUCUCAUUUUGGCCACGAUGAUGCCUGUUUCAUCAAGCAGCACUUUACCUUCCCUUACAUUCAAUGCCAUUAAUCAUUACACCAGCACCUCAAAAACUGUCACGUUUGACUCCUUGCCAAUCAUGAGGAGUGAACAUAGCUCUUAUUGUAGUUUCAACAACAUUGGCAGGGAAGAUGGCUACCCAUAUACAGAAGAGGAUGAGCUUAAUGACUCAGAUUCUGAGACCUAUUAAGAAGCUUCAUCUGGAGGUCUGAAGAGUGAGCCCAGUCAUCUGAAGGUCAGAAUUGUGCUUUUGG